ACGUGAGACCGCCAAGUAACUAAAAGGACGGUACGGUAUCGUGAAAGCCAGGCGCGUGAGAGAGAAGAGAGCUAGGCUAGAAUUUGCGGGAGAGAGCGAGAGCGCGGGAGGGACAGCGAUGGCGCAAGCAAUGGAGCUGCCGGCGAUGCCAGCGGAGGCGAAGCUCUUCGGCAAGUGGAGCUAUGGCGAUCUUGCGGAGAUCGAAGACAUGAGCCUCGAGGACUACAUCGCCGUGAAUGGCCACAAAGUGGGAAGCUUUGUCCCUUGCACCGCCGGGCGCUACUCGAGGAAGCGAUUCAAGAAGGGGCGGUGCCCGAUCGUGGAGAGGCUCGUCAACGCGCUCAUGUUCCACGGCCGCAACAGCGGAAAGAAGGUCAUGGCGGUGAGGAUCGUCAAGUACGCGAUGGAGAUUAUCCAUCUCCUCACGGAUGAGAACCCGAUCAAAGUGGUCCUGGACGCCAUCCAGCACUGCGCUCCUCGCGAGGAGUCGGUGAGCCUGGUGACGAGAGGCGUCGCCAGGCGCAGCUCCGUGGACACGUCGCCGCUGAGGAGGGUGAAUCAAGCCCUGGCCUUCAUCGCCACCGGCACGAGGGAGAGCGCAUUCAAGACCGCCAAGCCCAUCGCCGAGUGUCUGGCGGACGAGCUCAUCAACGCCGCCAAAGGAUCGUCCAACAGCUAUGCGGUGAGGAGGAAGGAUGAGAUCGAGCGCGUCGCCAAAACCAUGCGAUGAGUGGAAGCUCGAUUCAAGGUCUUUGAUUUCGUUUCGUUUCGUUUCGCUGGUUUGGCUUUGUUCGCUUGACUUAUAUUACCAAGAGGGGUGAAAUGAUAUUCUGGAUAGCCUAUGUUCUAUUUUCCCGUUAAAACUCAUUCUGAUUUGCAAC